AUGGAGGAGUGGGAGGUUCACACAUCUUUAGGACCCACAGAAGCUAAAGGGAAUGUCUCAUCCCCAAUAGUGAACAGGUCUUGUGAGAAUCUGGAAUGCUACAUGGUCCUCAUCAAGGCAGAGAAGACAGCCAUCGGCUCCAUCUGUUUACUGGCAGGUCCCAUCACACUGCUGGAAAAUGUUCUUGUGCUGGGAGUGAUCGCUGCCACAGCCACCCUGCGGCGGCGGCCUUCCUACUUGUUCAUUGCCAGCCUCGCUCUGGCAGAUGUUUUCGCCAGCUGCUUCUUCACCACCAGCUUCCUGGACUUUCACCUGUUUCGGCGCAGCGACGGCCCCACUGCUUACCUCUUCAAAUUAGGUGGUGUCACCAUGGCCUUCACCAGCUCAGUGGGGAGUUUACUGCUGACUGCUCUGGACCGCUACCUCUGUAUCCAGCAGGCCUCCAGCUACAAGGUUCUGCUCACCCGCCGGCGAGCUCUGCUGAGCCUGCUGAUCCUUUGGAGUGCCACCAUCGCCAUCUCCUUCUUGCCUCUGAUGGGCUGGAGGUGUCCCACAGGGCUUAAUCCACCUUGCUCACGCCUGUUUCCCUACAUCAGCCAGGGCUAUCUGGCCUGCUGGACCAGCCUCACUCUGGUGCUCCUGGCUCUCAUUUUGGGGGCUUAUGCUCUCAUCCUGUGGAAGGCUCACCAGCAUGAGUCCUCCAUGACCAGCCUCCAGGGAGCAGCAGGCACAGGCCAGGCCCGCAUGAGGAUGGAUAUCAGGCUAGCGCGCACCUUUGGCCUGAUCCUAGUCAUACUAGUGAGCUGCUGGCUUCCUGCACUCUCCUUCAUGUUGGCUGAUGUCUCUGUGAUCCUGACCCACAACCAGCAGAGGGCCUUUGCCUUUUGCAGCACCCUCUGCCUGGUCAACUCUGCAGUCAACCCACUGCUGUAUGCACUGCGCUGUCGAGAGCUAAGAGUUGCUCUGCUGCAGUUGCUACAAAGGCUGCAUAUGUUUGGAAGGUGUAAAAAAUCUACAGAGGAUUUAACCCCAGGAUUACCCUCUGCAGAAGACAACAACUGUACUGCCGUAACUGAGGAUGAGAUGCCCAAGACCAGAACCACCCGACUUAACUCGAUCUCAGAUAUGGUGAACGAUCAGAAGCAGAAAAUCUGAGACUGAAAUUGAGUAGCGGUACAGGCAGUGUCUGUAUUUGUGGCAGCGUGCUUAGGGUGUAGAAAUGGACAUCGCUGAAAACUUCCCGUAGAUUAAGCAUCAAAACCUUCAAUACAAAUUAGCAGAAUUUCUUUCGAUCGGAUUAUUAGUGCUGGCAAAAACUUUAACUUGUCUUUUUGAUCAAGGUUAUUGCAGUAAGGCUAUAACACA